GUCUAUCAGUAUAAGCAACCCACAAAUGGGCGAAAGAAUCCGUGUACAGUGACAUUUCCUUGACAUUAGUUGACGAUUUGCAGUUCUUCUCUCGAAAGCACCAAAUAUUUGGGAAAAAAAUGCGACGCCUUGGCUCGGUGCAACAGAAAAUGGCCUGCGUGUUUGUCCCGGACGUGAAAGAGGAGCAGUCCAGAAAACGCGAGUGCCAGCAAUUUCAGGUUAUUGCCACAGAAAAUGUGAAUCCUGUGGCAGUGGAGGCUAAUGUUGAUUGUGCACAUGCCACAGAAAAACUGGAUGGCACUUGCUGUUAUGUGUCACUUUAUAAAGGUCAGCCAUACCUGUGGGCCCGACUUGAUAUGAAACCCAACAAACAGACAGAGAAGCGAUUCAGAAAGUAUCAGCAUUCUCACAAGACUUCACAAGGUUUCAUGUGGAACUUAGAGGAAGAUUUUAAGGUGGUCCCAGAAACCUGGAUCCCGGCUCAUAAGGUCAAGCAUCAUAAUGGACAUCCAGUGCCGGAUGAACAUGGGCAUAUUCCAGGUUGGGUUCCAGUGGAGAUGGACAACAAGCAGUACUGUUGGCACUCCUCUGUGGUGGACUAUCUGGCCGGUGUCGCUCUAGUGCUCAGGCCUGAUAGUGAGAGUGAAGAUCUGUUGGAAAUUGCUGCAGUUCCUCUAGUGGACCUCGUGGAACAGACGCUGGAGCUCAUCGGUACCAACGUCAAUGGGAACCCUUAUGGACUGGGGAGUAAAAAGCAGCCGGUGCAUGCCCUAGUGUUACAUGGGAGUAUUUGUAUCAGAAACCCUCCCCCAGUGGACUUUCAGCAGCUUCGUGACUGGUUUCAGGAGAGUCCAGAGGGCUGUGUAGAGGGCAUUGUCUGGCACUGCAAUGACGGCACUUUGGUUAAGGUUCAUCGUCACCACUUGGGGCUAAGGUGGCCUGACGGCAACACCUUCUUUGGCGGCAGGCCUGUGGUCAUCAACAUCAACAGGGCGGUUGACGAAUACAACAGCAGCAAGGACUUGUUCAUGCUCUUUUCAAUACUAAAUGGACGCUGCUUCAGCCAACUGCAGGACAUCCAGUUUGACUCAUGAAAUCUGGUCCUACGUAGGAGAUGCAACAUUGCUUCAGGUUCCAUAUAUUACUGCUCUUAAAGCCUUUACACCAUCAGGAUUUAUAAAUUUGUCAAUUCUCUUAACCUUGGCAGUAGGUGACUAAUAUUAUUAUUAUUAUUAGUUAUUAAUAAUUCUGUUGGAGUGCUUUGAGAUUCAUGAUAGAAAGCACUUCAUAUUGGCUGUGUGAAGAGUAUUUUUUGUGGAGUUUUACCUGAGGCAAAUUGGGGAUCGAAGAGAAGUUUUGGGAGGGGGAGGGGGUAAUCUACUAUAUCUACCUGUUGUCAGUCUAGGCAAAACAUCUUUGAGAACGUAAAAGUGAAUGCGGGCUAUAUAAACAAACAUGACAUUUAGCUAGAAAGUUAGGCCUGUAGGACAGUGAGGCAUAACGAAAUAUAGGCAUAGAUCUAGCUACCCAGUGGCACCUCAAAUGCUUGGUGGCAUUUAGCUAACCCUCAUAACAACCAACGGUUCCAAUUCAAAGAACAUGUCUGUUUAUACUAUUAAAUCUGUUACUUGAUGGAUUUGUAAGCAAGUUGUAGCUAAUUGCUUUGUGGAAAUGUUUACAGGAACAGUGUAAACUGAGUGACCAAUCAGAUUAACUGUAAACUAGUCUGAAAUUUUGAAGUUGUAAAUGUAAAGUAGAUAUUGUUUUAUGAAGAAUAAAUGAAUGGGUCUGUAAAUAUUCAAGCACUGACAUGGUCUGCUUUAUUGGCAGGCAAGAAAGUAGCAAAAAGCUGUAUAAAGUUAGAAUUGAUAUGUACAGAAAAGUCAUAAAUAUAUUCGACAAUAUCACAAAUUCACUAAUAAGGAAGCUGCCUUGAAGAAGAAUCUAAAUUACAUUCAUCAUUGGGGCCACCGAUGGUUGUAUAGAUUCAUGCAAUUAUCAUGAUAACAUGAUAACAAAUAAUAUCAUUCACCUGCUUAAACAGGGUGUCUUAAAUUAAAUCAAGAAAAUGAAAAAUUUAAUUUCAUUAAAAAAAAAAAACCAUGCCAACCUAUCUCAAUCAAGUUUAAUGUGUUUAAGACUGGGGAAAUGGCCCACCAAGAAAAAAAAAGCAUUACAGAAAUCAGUUUUAUCACUUAAAAUGCUUUAAUGUUUUGAGUAAUUGGCAAUUAGGACUGGGGGAAAUGUACUCCUGUGACCUGAAUUUGAAGGCAA